AAAAAAAAAAAAACCAACAACAUCAACAAAAAACAAAAAAAGAACCGAUCAAAAAAUCAUACUUUCUUCCUUUCCUCUUGUUGACACUCUUUUUGUGUAAAAAAAAAAAAAAGAAAAAUAUUUCCUUGGUUUCUUCUUCUCCUUUGUCCUCUUCGUCUUUUUUUUUCCUUCUUUUCGUCCCUUUUGUUGCGUUUCGCACCUAUUUUGGUUCUUUCCUGUCGACUUGUUCAAUGAUUACUGUGGCGCCAACCACCGUCAUGGCGUCUCCUAUGUCAACCAUACCCUCCGUCACCAGUUCGCCGUCGCCCAGUGUACCGUCGCUCCGACGAUGUACAGACAGAUUAUUCUUAUCCCAUCUUCUUCACUACCUGGCCCUUGUCUACGAAUACGUCAGUUCCUUUUUCAAUACACCCACCAAACUCAUUCAACCUCCACCCGCUUCAUCGUCACUAUCUUCAUCUACUCUCAAAUCAACUUCACCUGUCACUACUCCGUUGUCCUCCAUCCAAACGUCCAAAGACUGUUCCAUACACAACAAAACAACCCCAGCAACCAAUACCAAAUCCUCCCUUUCACUACAGUAUUACAAAGGCAAAACCCUUAUUUUGGACUUGGACGAAACACUGGUCCACUCCGUUCGUCUAGGCUCCCCCGACGCCGCUCGAUCCGUCAGCGCUUCCAUCAAACGCAAAAAAAUUGAAGUUCAAAACGAUAAACAAAGUAUCCUCUACGAAGUCUACAAACGCCCUCAUGUGGAUUUUUUCUUGAAAACGAUCAGUCAGUGGUAUAAAGUGGUCAUCUUCACGGCGUCCAUGGCAGAAUAUGCAGAUCCAGUGAUUGACUGGCUGGACCAGGAUCAAACCGUUGUUUCCCAGCGUUAUUUUAGACAGUCCUGCGUCGUUCGUAAUGGAAAUUUUGUCAAGGACAUCUCUUUGGCCGAAUCGGACUUGGCCAAAGUAUGUCUCGUUGACAACAGCCCUGCGGCUUUUGAAAUGUUUCAAGAUAAUGGUAUACCAUUACCAGGCUGGAUAUCCAACCCCAAAGAUGAAUGUCUUUUGGAUCUUUUACCGUUAUUAGAUGCUUUACGUUUUACAGCAGAUGUUCGGAGUAUUUUAAGACUACGAUCCAUGGCUUAAAUGAUUGCCUUGCUAGAUAAAACUUCCCUCCCACUGUCACUUUCUUUAUUCCUUCUCAGUUUAGGUAAAUUCUGUUGGAUGCGGCAGCUUUAUGCCGCAGAGGUUUGCAGCAUGAUUUGUAUAUAGGUUAAUUUGUAUUCCUCAAAACUUGGCCCAAUAUUUGAUUUUACCCACGCCUCGGUUUUUCUUCAUACUCCACUAGUAUUUGUAUGUAAAAGCAAAGUUUGUUAAUUUGCCAUCAUUCUCGUUUUUGACAUAAACCUCAUUAGAACGGAACUGUAUCUGACCUGAUAUUGUUG